UCGAGUUUACUAUUCACAUCAACAAUGGCGUCGCAGCAGCAGAUGGGCUCUAACAAUCCUCAGUUGGUAGCGCAAGCGGCUAUUUUACAGCAGACUCAACCGCAGCAGCAACCACAACAACAGCUCAGUCAACAGCAAGAUUUUGACCCCGUUCACAGAUUCAAGAUGUUGAUUCCACAGCUCAAAGAGAGUUUACAGAAUGUCAUGACCAUUGCUUCCCUAAAUUUUGGACAUAAUACUGCAAUCGACAACGGCCAACGAACAACGGAGAAGGGUAAUGAUGCAGCCAUGCAGCGGUUUGACAAGAGUUUUGAGGAGUUUUAUGCUCUCUGUGAUCAGCUGGAGCUCUGUCUGCGGCUGGCCCACGAGUGCCUCUCGCAGAGCAUCGACAGCACAAAGCAUUCUCCCAAUCUCGUUCCUACAGCCACCAAGCCAGACACAGUGCAGACAGAGUCUUUGUCUUACUCGCAGUAUCUCAGUAUGAUCAAAUCACAGAUUUCAUGUGCUAAAGACAUCCAUAAUGCUCUUUUAGAGUGUUCAAAAAAGAUUGCUGGGAAGGGUCAGGGAGCUUGUAAUUAGUUAUUA